AUGUCUGUGUCCACCAGGGCCUCCAAUGGCUCCAUCCUCCAGGUGACUGAGUUCAUCCUAAUGGGUUUCCCGGGCAUUCACAGCUGGCAGCACUGGCUUUCCCUGCUCCUGGCUCUGCUCUACUUCUCGGCCCUCUUGGACAAUGUGAUGAUCCUGCUCACCAUCUGGCAAGAAACAGUUCUGCACCAGCCAAUGUUCCAUUUCCUGGCUGUCCUGGCCCAGGUGGACAUGGGUCUGAGUGCCACCAUCAUGUCCAGGAUCCUGCCCAUACUCUGGUUCAAUGCCCGCACCAUCAGCCUCCCAGAAUGCUUCUUUCAGAUUUAUGCUAUUCAUGUCUUCGUGGGGCUGGAGUCCGGCAUCUUCCUGUGCAUGGCAAUUGACAGAUAUGUGGCCAUCUGUCACUCCCUCCGCUACCCCUCUGUCAUCACAGAAAGCUUUGUCCUCAAGGCCACCUUGUUCAUGGUGUUCAGAAAUGUCCUCCUAGCCAUUCCAUUGCCCAUCCUGGCCUCAAAGCGUAUUUACUGCCCCAGGAAUGAGAUUGACCACUGUCUGUGCUCCAACCUGGGUGUCACCAGCUUGGCGUGUGAUGACAGGAAGGCCAACAGCAUUUUCCAGCUCUCUGUGGCUUGGAUCCUGACAGGCAGUAACGUGGGUCUCAUCAUUCUCUUCUACGCCCUGAUCCUGUGGGCGGUGCUGAAGUUGCACUCGGCCGAAGCCGCCUCCAAAGCCCUGAGCACCUGCAGCUCCCACAUCAUCCUCAUCCUCUUCUUCUACACAGCAAUCAUUGUCUUAUCCAUCACCCACAUUGCCAAGAAGAAGGUGCCCCUCAUUCCUGUCCUCCUCAAUGUUCUGCACAAUGUCAUUCUCCCCGGCCCUUAA